AUGUCUGAAAAUCAAAGGUAAAACUAUCUAGCAGAAAAAUAUAGAAAUUAUCGAUUUUCCAGCACAACAUCUGAAACAACGGAUAAAAAAGAGCUGCUAGAAGAAGAAGAGGAAGAUGGGCGGUCGAAUAAAGGAGUUAGCGAAUAUUAUCAAAAGCAAAAUGAGAUGUUGGAGAAUUUUAAGAAUGAUAGUGAACAAAUCGAAGCGUUUAAUCGGAUGAAAUCGCGGAAAAAUGAAGAAAAUUCGGUGAAAACACAGGAUUCUUUGAUGUAAAUGCUGAAAAAUCUCGGAUUUUAAUGCAAUUUUUUGCAGAAAUCGACAUCAGGAUAAUCUAAAAGAAGAGGAGAAGCUGAAUAAAGCUGCAAAACGUCUAGCAAACAUCACACUAGGUGUUAAUUUCACUUUGAUGAUUGCAAAAAUCAUGGCAUCGGUGUUAUCCGGAUCAAUGUCGAUUAUUUCGUCGAUGGUGGAUUCGGUGGUUGAUUUGACGUCAGGCUUGAUUUUGUCGAUUUCGAAUCGAAUGAUUCGAAAGAGGGAUCCGUAUUUGUAUCCGAGGGGCAGGACGAGAUUGGAGCCAUUGGCUCUUGUAAGGGAUUUUGGGGAAUUCGGUCAAAACUUGGUCUAGAAACCAGAUUUUUGCUGAAAAUUAGCUUGAUAAUGGAAUUUUUGGUCAAAACUUGGUCUAGAAACCAGAUUUUUGGUGAAAAUUAGCUUGGAAAUUGAAUUUUUGGUCAAAACCAGGUCUAGAAACCAGAUUUUUGGUAACAAUUAGCUUGGAAAUUGAAUUUCUGACCAAAAAAGGCUUAGAAACCAGAUUUUUGGUGAAAAAUAGCCACAUACAGUGAUUUUUGACCAAAACCACGUCUGGAAACCAGAUAUUGCGUCAAAAUUAGCCCUAAAAUCGAAUUUCUGGUCAAAAAAAGCUCAGAAACUAGAUUUCUUGUGGAAAUUAGCAUCAGACAGUGCUUUUGGGUCAAAACCAUGUCUAGAGGCCAAAUUUUACUUGAAAAACCCGUUUUUUGGACGAUUUUCAGUGUAGAACAGCUGGAAAUUCGGAUUUUUGGUUAAAAUUAAGCCUAGAAAUCGAUUUUCUGGUGAAAAUGACUCUGAAAAUCGGAAAUUUGGUCAAAAUUUCGAUUUGAAGCUAUUUCUCCCGGAUUUUCUAUCACGAAAAGGCAAAAAUUUAUCCCCUGAGCUUAAAAAAAUCUUGAUUUUCAGAUCCUAAUUAGUGUAAUUAUGGGAAUGGCAAGUGUUCAAUUGAUUAUUUCGUCAGCCAAUCGAAUUAGUGAUAAAUGUGAGUAUUUCGCGUGGAAAUUAUCGAUUUUUUGGUCAUUUUUCAUCAAAAAUUCACAAAUUUUCAGUGAAUAACAUUGCCGAUCCUUUGGAUGUCACCUACAUAACCGUCGGAAUUAUGCUGACCACAGUCUGCACCAAAUUCUUGCUGUUCAUGAUAUGCCAAAAGUACAAAUCCAACCCGUCGAUCAAGGUUUUGGCGAUGGAUCAUCGAAAUGAUUGCAUUUCGAAUUUGAUGACAUUGGGAUGCGCGUGGAUGGGCAAAAAGUGGGUGAAUUUACGAUGCUCCGCGUUUACUCUUCGCUGCGGAAUCGCGGAGUAUCGUAAAAAUCAUCAAAAUCAACAGAUUUUCAUCAUUUCUUCACCAAAAAAUCGCAUUUUUCAGCUAUUGGUACUAUAUGGAUCCAAUCGGCGCAAUUCUCGUCUCAUUUUACAUUCUAUACACAUGGAUUCGAACAGGACGAACUCACGCCCUGAUGUUAUCCGGAAAAUCGGCAGCUCCUGAAUUUAUCAAUCGAAUUAUUAAAGUUGGAAUUGAUCAUGAUAAGAGAAUUACGCAUAUUGAUACGGUCUAUGUCUAUCAUUUUGGAUUGAAGUUUUUGGUUGAGGUGAGGAUUUUGGGAGGGGUUUUGGAACGAACAACUGAAUGUUUCGCACGCUUUGAGUGUUUUUAGCACGAAAAUUCGGAUUUUUGAGCAAUUUUUAAACAGAAAUCUCGAUUUUUGAAGGUGCGAUGCGUUUAAACACGAAUUUUGCUCAAAACUUUGUUUUCUCCCAUUUUUAUUUUUGUUUUUCCCCCAAAAUUUUCAAUUUUCCACCCAAAUUUUCAGAUGCACAUAGUUUUGGAUCAGAAAAUGCCACUAAAAGAAGCGCACGAUAUUGCGGAAUCGCUUCAAACCAAUAUCGAAUCACUACCAGAAGUCGAAAGAGCAUUUGUGCAUACAGAUUAUGAUUUUACUCAUCAUCCACAUGAUGAACACAAAAAUGUAUAG